UAUAUCAAAGGGUAUCUCGUGUGAUUGUGUCGCUCACCACUCACCAAGGUCACCACCGCCUGCCCGGCCAUGGCUUCACCUCCAUGGGUUCGCCUUGUGCUGAUACUCCUAGCAGGCAUUGCCGCAUGCCACGCCCGCCCACUUUUUGACGGCGACGGCGAUGCCGUCAUCGAUGAGACACCCCAGCCCCUGCGGCCAUCCGUGAUCUCAUGCUCAACUGCGAGCAACUACACCGAAGGAAGCAAGUACCAUGUGAACCUCGACAGGCUCCUGUCGGCCAUCCCCGUGGCCGCCGACUCCAGCGGCUUCUUCAACGGCACAUUCGGCGCGGCGGGCGACGAGGUCUUUGGCAUGUUCAUGUGCUACGCUGGCGACACCGACUCUGAGUGCCAGGACUGCCUCAUCCGUGCCCCUGAAGGUAUCAUGAAGGCGUGUCCUCACAGCCGGACGGUUCGCGCGGUGUACAACGCCUGCACCAUCCAAUACUCUGACAAGUCCUUCUUCUCUGUUGCUGACCUCUCUGUGGUUGACAAGGUCGACCUUUCCGUCGCGCCCAAGCUGGAACAAACCCCUUACCCAACUUGGAACGACAGAAACCAUGGCCAUUGGUACCAAGGAGUCGUACUCGCAGGGUAUAUCCUGGACACUGCUGGUGUGAGCCACACAAGGUUUAAGUUGAUUCAUCGGCUCAUGAUGAAGGCUUGCCAAAGGCCUGAGCGGAUCGCUGAGGGCACAGAGGGGUUCACCGAGGCGGAGUGGGUGCAGGCAGUGGUGCAGUGCACGAGGGAUCUGCCGGCGAGCGAGUGCACCCGCUGCCUCUCCUACUACACCGAUCAGCUGCCGCGAUGGUUCCCGAACAACAGCGGUGGCACCAUCAAAGGGUCGAGCUGCUACCUGCGCUACGCCAUCCUCGCUGACGCUGACAAGCCGCGCCCGCGCACGGUGCGGCUGGAGACGUACCGGUAUAGCGAGGAAUAUGAGGAGGAGGAGAAUGAGCACCAGAGGAAUAUGGAGACAGCGCGCAGAAAACACCGACGAAAGGUUGUCAUCAUCGCCAGCCUUAUCACCAUCUCCGUGGCGCUUGUUGUCUGCCUGAUCGGCCUAUUGGUUCGGUUCGUGUUGUACCCAUGGCGAACAUGGGUGGCGGCGGCCAGGGUUGCCAUGAGAUCCAUGUUGUACCGGUGGCGAACAUGGGUGGCAGCGGCCAGGGUUGCCAUGAGAUCGUUCAUGGAAAGACCUCCUAAAGUGGCGGCCUACUUCCACCGCAAAAGUGCACGCCAAGACGAACUCGAGCAAGGGACUGGGCUGAGACGAUUCAGGUAUGCCGAGCUCGCUGCCGCCACCGACGGCUUCUCUGGCAGGAACAAGCUGGGAGAAGGAGGCUUCGGUUCCGUGUACCGAGGGUUCCUCCACGACAUGAACCUUCACAUUGCCGUGAAGAAAGUGUCCAAGAGCUCUCGUCAGGGCUGGAAGGAGUUUGUCUCCGAGGUGAAGAUCAUUAGCCGUCUCCGGCACCGGAACCUCGUGCCGCUCGUUGGAUGGUUCUAUGGCGGUGACGAUGAUGGUCUUUUGCUCGUGUAUGAACUGAUGCCCAAUGGUAGCCUGGACGCACACCUUUACAAGCUGGACCAGCUGCUGCCAUGGGCAGUCAGGUAUCAGGUCGCGCUCGGUGUGGGUUCAGCGCUGAUGUACCUGCACCAGGACACGGAGGAGCGCGUUCUGCAUAGGGACGUCAAGCCGAGCAACAUCAUGCUGGACGCGUCCUUCAAUGCCAGGCUUGGUGACUUCGGGCUUGCGAGGUUUAUCUGCGAUGGCCGGGGCUCAUUGACGACGGGUGCAGCCGGGACGCUCGGCUACAUGGACCCGAAGUGCGUGUUUGCGGGCAAAGCCAGUGUGGAAUCUGACAUCUACAGCUUCGGUGUCGUCCUGCUCGAGAUGGCCUGUGGUCGGGCGCCAGCGGUGGCUGUAGACGACGAUGACGGAGUUGUCAUCCACUUGUUGCAGUGGGUAUGGGAGUCGCACGGCCGAGGGGCUAUCCUCGAGGCAGCCGACGCGCGGCUGGACGGCAAGUUUGACGAGAAAGAGAUGGAGUGUAUCAUGGUGGUCGGGCUCUGGUGCGGACACCCUGACCCCGCCUUGAGGCCGUCCAUCAGGCAGGCCGUGAGUGUGCUGCGGUUGGAGGUGCCGCCGCCAAGCCUCCCGGGGAAGAUGCCGGUGGCAACCUACCUGAUGCAGCCGCCGGCUGACGAUUCUUUUGGUUCCUCGGUGACCAGCGGCAGCAGCGGCAGCGGGGAUGCCAGCACGACUCAUUCUGCUCGAGAUAAAUUCGAGUAGAUGACUACUGCAUCCCCGAUCUGGGCCUCUAGGACCGUUUCAGAAAUUCUCAAGUACUACUGGCAACUAAAAAACACUUUGUAUGUAUGAUGUGUGAUUGGACUUAACCGAGCUCUAAUAAAAUUUGAGCUACUUCCAAAUAAUUCAUGCAUCUUCA